AUGACAAGAGAACUUGAUCGUCUCGGCGUGCACCACCACCCAUCGACUUCCGCAUCUGCCUCGGCGACAUCGGCAUCUGCUUCUGGCACUACUCUGACUCCAACCAUACCGGAACUAAAACCAUCGCCUUCUUUGAGCUCCAGCACGAAUGUUCCCGUUGAUACUCCAUGGGCCAUCCUACACGUGCAUGUGCUUCCCCUAUUUAAUGGAGAACCUCUCAAAAUACCUAUCGAGGACUUGAAUGCCCACGUACGGGAGCAUAUUCAGACUGUCGUCUCGGUAGGCGUUCCGGCGCUGGCUAGCUUGGAGUCAUCUCUGGUGGACUUAAUCAGCAGAGGAAUGCAAAACCUGAAUGCGAAGCUUUCUGGAAUCGAUGAUGAAAAGCUUAUAACACGAUUGGUCGAGAUCUGGAAUUUCUUCUGGGUCAAUGUACUUCCAUAUAUUGAAGGGGUAUGUUCAUUAUUUGUAACUGAGUAG